CCGAGACUCUAUGCGCAAACGCCAAUAAGCUGACAUUUUUUAUACAUAGCAAACUAAAAUAACAGAGCCUCAACAAUAAACAUACUGUCAUAAUUAGGGAGCAAAAUAAUUAAAAAAACAAUCAUUGUUUUAAUAAAACAACAGGAGAUGUACAAAUUUAAACCCUUUGCAUUUGAUCAACAUGAAAUAAAAAGAUCAGAAAUAUUGAGAAGCAAAUCCGACACCAAAAUUAAUUGCGAUGACAAGUAUUUAUACAGUUAUUCAACCUACAGUGUUGACACACCCGAGGGUCUUGAAGAUAUUGCAGUAGAGGCAUGGAAGUUUCAUUUACUAACGCACCGGUGGACUCCGCUACAGAAUGUAGAAACUCAAUUAGUAGACAAUUCUUUCGAAGCUGGUUCCAUUUUCGACGAUGGUAAGCUGAUCUUACUCUUGAGAGCAGAACCUUCGCCGCAGUUUUUUUAUUUGCUGCACUGGGAUUUGAGAAUAAAUGAACUGAAUAUCCGUAAGAUAAACAGACCGCUUCCAAAGAUAGGCUUCGAUCCCAAAUUUGUGUGCCACAGCUUUCAUUUCUAUGCCAUCGGGAGUCAGAGUAAAGUAUUGUUCCAGCGGACUGAUGAUGCGCCUUAUAAAUAUUUUAAUAUCUACGAUGUCUUGAAGAUGGAUUUGAUAACUAAAAAAUGGGAGUUUGUUUAUUUGUGUCCUGAAAGCGACCCCUUUGAUUGGGACAAAGAUAAUCACUAUGGCGACAUAUUUGCAUUUGAUGGAAAAAAAAUUUAUGUCCUUGACCGCGAUGAAUCGUCAGAGGAACCUUUGAUAUCUCAUAGAAUUUUUGCAUUUGACUUGGAUUUGAAGCAGUGGGAUGAACUACAAGUUAAAGGAGACUUAGGAAAUGAUCCAAGAAUUCCUAGAAUGCAUGGUGGUUUCAGUAUUACGCAGUACAGAGACGACGAAGGUAAUGUCAAUGUAAUUCUAACUGGCGGUGAAAUUGAUGAAUACUCUUGCAAUGAAAUGUGGAGACUUAAUUUGACGAAAUUGCAAUGGACUUGUCUUAGCAAGUUUGAAGUACUGCCCUAUCGUAUGAGAAAUCACGUCGCAGCUAUCACCCCUUUUGGAAAAAUGUACUUGUUUGAUGGUUUAGUUGAAGAUGAAGUAGGAGAGGUAGAAAAUACCUCAAUAUUUUCUGCAUGGGUCUCAAUUCCAAAACUCGAAGAAAUAGCUUGGGAAGCAGUACUAUUUUAUUUCAAAGAAAUAAAAGAACGACCAAAAACUGAAUUGAUAAUUCGCGGGUACCCGGAGAAAUUUGUCGAACGUCUUACGAAUUGAAAAUUUUCCAAUUUAUAUUUUUUACAAAACUAUAUCAGUAUUAUAUUUAUUUAUUUAUUUUUUAUAAUCUAUACUUUAUGGUGCCAAGACUAGUGACUAAGACACAAAAUAAUCGUGAUAAAGUAAUUGAUAAUUAAUUAUAUUUACGAGUUUUUAUAAAAACUUAUCCGAGUCCAUUUACUCUAAUGAUCAAAAUUAUUUAUUAUAAUAUCACCUAAUUUAAAUUUUCACAAAAAUUUUGUUUACAAGAUAAAAAGU